GGCGCUCGUCAUCUAUUGGUGUCAUCCGCCAUACUGGAUUGGCAGCUCCCGCGAGACAACUUCCGGCUCACGUUGUAUCUCCUUGUGUCACUACUGACUCCACAAGUCCUGUGGGACUCCUGUGUAUCGCUCAAGCAUGUCUGAGAGCAACAGCGCGCCAGACUCGUGGGAGGCGGCAGCUGACGAAAGCAUGGCUACACUCUCUACUAACUUCACCACACUCAACGUGAACGCCCCGGUCUUCAUCCCCAACGUGAAUGCGCCAGAGUUCGUGCCUAGCUUUAUGAAGGAAGGAGGAAGUCAGACCCAACCUGCGGCGCCAGAUCCGCCUCCAGAGCCGGUAGCAGGUACCCCUGAAGAGCCGACAAUAAAUAACGAUGGGGACAUUCCAGCAGACUCUUGGGAAGAAGCAGCUGAUGCUGCGACUCCCUCACCUUCCCGUGAGACCCCGCCUUCCCCUUCCACCCCAGGUACCCCCGAUGAUGAGGAUGAUGACGAGGACAGUGAUGAAAUAAAAAAGCCCAAGAAGAAACCAUUAGAUGAAGAUGAUUCUUUACCCAAAAAAGAACCUGUCAAUGUAAUAUUCAUAGGUCAUGUUGAUGCGGGCAAAUCAACGAUUGGUGGUCAGAUUAUGUACUUGACUGGGAUGGUGGAAAAGAGAACAUUGGAGAAGUAUGAGAGGGAGGCGAAAGAAAAGAACAGGGAGACGUGGUACCUAUCUUGGGCACUAGAUACAAAUCUUGAAGAGCGUGACAAGGGUAAAACUGUAGAGGUGGGAAGAGCAUAUUUCGAAACAGAGCAGAAACACUUCACAAUCCUGGAUGCUCCUGGUCACAAGAGUUUUGUGCCUAAUAUGAUUGGUGGUGCCUGCCAAGCUGACUUGGCUGUUUUGGUAAUAUCUGCAAGAAAAGGUGAAUUUGAGACGGGAUUUGAGAGAGGAGGUCAGACGAGAGAACAUGCAAUGUUAGCCAAGACAGCAGGCGUAAAACACCUUAUUGUGUUAAUCAACAAGAUGGAUGAUUCAACAGUGUUAUGGUCAGAAAUUCGCUACAAUGAAUGUAAAGAGAAACUUGUUCCCUACCUCAAAAAGGUUGGCUUCAAUCCAAAUAAAGAUAUAAUGUUUAUGCCAUGUUCAGGACUCACCGGUGCUAACCUAAGAGAAUCUAUUGAUGAAGCGGUAUGUUCGUGGUAUAAAGGCCCAGCAUUUAUACCAUACAUAAACGAAUUACCAGCUCUAAAUCGUAACGUUAGCGGACCUUUUAUGAUGCCUGUAGUAGAUCGCUACAAUGACAGAGGAACAAUUGUUAUGGGAAAAGUUGAAUCAGGAUGUUGCAAGAAAGGUGAUAGCAUCAUUGUAAUGCCAAAUAAGACUCCAGUCACUGUUGACUUGUUGUGGAGAGAUGAAGAUGAAACUGGUUCAGUCAAUUGUGGUGAAAAUGUUAAGGUAAAACUCAGAGGAGUAGAAGAAGCGGAUGUUGCGCCAGGUUUUGUUCUCUGUGAUCCUAAUAAUCCAUGCAAAACAGGGAGGAUAUUUGAUGCGCAGAUUGCAAUAAUGAGAUUUGAGACAUCUGGAGUAAUUUGUAUGGAGGCUUUCAAGGAUCAUCCACAACUUGGACGGUUCACAUUAAGAGAUGAAGGUAAAACCAUUGCUAUUGGUAAAGUUUUGAAAGUAGUGGAGUAAAUUGUUGGACCUUCGCGAGCCUUCGGAAAAAAGCAUGUCAGACUACCAAAAACAUGAGUACUGAAGUUAUGUGCAAUUCCUUUCUUUGGAAAUUUUGCUCACACAAAGAGCUUAAUGAAAUGUUAUAAGAGAGGUUAAUAUACAUACAUCAGUCUAGAGAGAUCCAUAAAAGUUACCUCGAAUGAAUCACAUGAAGGCAGAAGACUCGCACAAUUGGUCCAUCCACUAAGCAGAGAGAAUCAAAGUGCGUGGAUGUCCUGCCAGAAUCUCCGCCUUUUCCCUCUUCCUGCCAUGCUCAACCCUCGAAGACAAAUCCUCACUGCAAGAUUGCAUCGUUGUAUGCCCACAGAUGGCAGGCUGUUUAGAGAGAAAUCGUGGUGGAAGAAAUGUGUAUACAAGAUCAGUGUGAAUUGUCUCUUACAUAAAUCUUUUAUACAGAUUUCCUGAGAUAGCUUUGUGACUUUGGGUUUUGCGCAUAUUAAGUGAUGAAAAUUCUUGGUCAUGGAUGAGAGUACUGUACAGUGAGCAGGGAAUCUGGGGGUGAUUGGAACACUUGAGUAAAUGCAUUAAUGGAUUUCACAGUGCACACAGAUAGGCUUAAUAGGAGACAAAAUUCUUGUACGAAACUGAAGUGUGCUGACCACAGUUAUAAUGUUAUAACUAUACAAAGUUUAUUCAGAUCAUUGAUUUAAAAUUAUUAGCAAGGGAUGUAUAAUUUUUUUUUGUAAUGGGUGUUUAUUUAUUGGAAAGUUACAAUAUCACUGGAUAUAUGCACAAUGUUUAUGCCAUAUUUUAAGUACUGUUCAGAAUUUUUAAAAAAUUAAGUUUUGUGAGAACUCUGCUAAAGCCUUGUCUAGGCCUUGUGAGUAUCUUUUCUGAGGGUGAGAAGAAAUGGCAGUGGGUAUUCCUUCUUAUGUGAUAAAUAGACUUUACAGGUACCACAUACAUCCUUGCUUCCUCCUCUGUGCCUGUGGUUGCACGUUUUAGUGUUAACAUGCAGUGGCUUAUAUUUGUGGUGGUUCUCCUCUUUGGAGCAUUUCAGCUGUCCUUUCAUUCACACAGCUGGCCAGUGGCAGGCUGUCCUAAGUCCAGAUGGCACAGAGGAAGAGAAAUGGGACAUUGCCUGUGCAGUGUGAGCCCAGUGCUACUGCUAAUCUAGGAGUAGGGGCUCCAGAACUCCAUAGCUUUUUUGUAUUUUUUUUUUAUAAUAUAUAUUAUAUAUAUAGCCUUCACCUUCUGGACUGGGAAUGAGAAAAGUACUGGUGCUAUGGAGUGUACUGGGUGCCUUGCUCUUUACAUAAUUUGUGGCUUGUUCAUGCUGCUAAAUUGUUUGAAUUUUGUUAUAUUUGAGCUAUUGUAUGCAAUUCCAAAUGGAAUUACUGAUAGUUCCCUAUAUUCAUAUUGCAUUUUUUGUUUUGGCAGUUUUAUUAGGCUUAAUGAAAAGAUAGGUUAGUAAAUCACAGAAUUUUUUGUAUUCCAAGAGCUGCCAGUAGCCCUUGUAUAAAGAGGUAUUUAUAUAUUUGCUGUUGCAAAUUUUUUCUCAAUAACCCAAGAAAUCUUUUUAUUGUAGUUAUCCUGUCUAAAUGGAAAACUUGUUCGAAUAUACAGGAUGUGGAGGGUGGCCAUUGUUUUUGUUACCUGUGUUGACAUUGCUUACAUAUAGGAUAUAUGAUUAGUAGUAUUUAUUUUAAGAAGGUAGGUAGAAUUGCACAUUUGCACAACAGCUUUUCAACCCUUAUAAAAGGUUAAAAACAUCUGUAUCAUCAUUGCCUUUAUUCCCAUUCAAAUAUUGUAGUUAUAAAUUAUACACCAAACAUUUAGUAAUUUGAGAUGUAGAGCAGAAGUGACCGACUUAAAUGACACCUUGCUGAUUUAUCGUUGUUUACUGCAAAGUUGAAUUAUCGAGUGAGAUCUCAUCUUUGCACAAAUUAUUCAUAUGGCUUUUCAUUCAUUCUUACCUUUACCAUUAUUUAGAUGGACAAGUACUGCUAUUGCCUAAUCUUCCAAAUGCUUGUUUUGUUUAAAUACAACAGAUUUUAUUUUUAUAUAUAUACCCAUCCAUAAAUAUAAGGAGUUCUUAUACG